AUGGUGGCCCUUCCUUCCCACGUCAACCUCGUCAUCGCAACGGCGACUAUCUGCGGCAUCCUCAUCCUCACCCGCUGCGCCUACCGCAUCCUCUGCCCAUGCAAGCAACAUCCUCGCUGCCAUCGGCGAUGGCGCGUCGAUGACACCUACAUGACCUUUGCGCUCCUGCCGCUCGUCGCGCGCACGGUGCUGAUGACGAUGAGCUUUGUGCUGAACCCGACGACGUCGCAUGACCCAGCCACGGCGCAGGACGCAGCAGACCUGGGGAAGAGCGAGGACCAGAUUAACCAGGAUCGAGUGCUGGCACUGAAGCUUCUGGUCCCGGUGCGUUUAUUUUACGCGCUAUUUUUGUGGACAUUGAAGCUCUGUCUGCUGGCCUUUUACUCGCGACUAGUCAGUCAUCUUAAAUGGGGGAGAAUUGCCGUCAUCUCUAUGUGGUGGAUCGUGCUCGCUACAUUCAUCGCCGUCGUUAUCGCGAGCCUGACAGAAUGUCGACCCCUUCACCUGUCGGUAUCUUCCAGCAUUUCUUCUCCUCCCAACCAUUGUAGUCGAGGAGUCGUCAACCUUCUCGUCAUGGCCGUGUUUAAUGCACUGACGGACAUCGCGCUCCUCGCCCUACCCUUCCCCAUGCUGUACAACACCCAGCUGUCCCGCAAACACAAAAUUCAACUCUCAUUCCUCUUUGGAAUCGGGUUCGUUGUCGUCGCCAUCACCAUCAUUCGAGUCCCCCUCAUCCUCAUCUCAUCCUGGGCGUCGAUUGAAAUUGUCUGCGCAUGUGUCGUCGCAAACGCAGCAUUCUUCUACGCGCUUGUCAAGGACUUACAGAGUCGCAACCACACUCACAAUACCAGCAGCAACGUGCACAGUAGCAAUUUCUACAUGCAAAGUCUACAAUCCACCUCUCGACCAGCGACGGAGCAAAAAGAUGCAAAGACAACAGAGCGACAAAUCACUCGGAAGACAUCAGACUCUGAGCGUGUGAGUGGAGAUGGAUCUGACAACGGUCUGGUGUAG